UUCUUGUUCCUAAUUCCCAAGUUCGUCUUGAAAAUCGUUCGCCGUCCUCUUCUACGUAUUGCUUGUUUUUCUUCCGAAGCUCAUUACGGACUCUCUCUUAUCCAAAGUCCAAACAAAACCUCGGUAAAUCCUCCCUCUUGUUGCUUAUGCCGAUAUCUCCCACUUCCCUCUCUACCCAAUUUUGAAUAUCUUCGAACUUUUUAUAGGGUAAAAUUAGCAAUGCCCUUUCCAAUUCAUCCCAGUUUCUAGGAGGCACGAACUCCGCUCGCAAUCUUGUGAUUGGCAGCGGAGAAAUCUCCUCUAAACCCCCUUCCAUUAUCAUCCUCUGAAUCAAUUUCCAAUGCCACAAUCCCACCCAGUUAAGUGACUCGGCAAAAUCCCGCUGGAGCAGAAGAGGAAUUUUCUUGAAGAAUUCAACCCCAGGCGUGUCCGUCAGUCUCCGGCCAGCGAUGGGUACUUCUGUAGCAUCAACUCCACCAAUAAUGUCGGCAUUUUCGCCGAGAAAGACCCAUAUCUUCCUCAAGCUCAAUCGACCCUCCGUUAGUCAGAGUAAACAAUCUCUUCAUAGCUCUAGUCCAUGUAUAAACGUUCGCCAUUUCAACCAUUUCAGUCCUAUUUUCGCGACUUCUCGGAUCUUUCGUACUGUCACUCGAGCUUUUUCAAAUGGGUUUGUUGAAGAAGACGAUAUUAUGCCUUCUUUCGAGGAGAAGCCGGUCAAGAUUCUGCUGUUGGUUCUGUUUUGGGCUUCUCUAUCCCUUUCUUGGUUUGCUGCUUCUGGGGAUGCCAAAGCUGCCGGUGAUUCUAUCAGAGCUUCGAAUUUUGGCCUAAAGAUCGCCACCACAUUGCGGAGCUCGGGCUGGCCUGCCGAGGCUGUAGUAUUUGCCCUCGCUACACUUCCUGUAAUUGAGCUCCGUGGGGCGAUCCCUGUUGGUUACUGGAUGCAGCUUAAGCCUGUUGCUCUAACGGUUCUCUCCGUUCUUGGGAACAUGGUCCCGGUGCCCCUUAUCAUCCUCUAUUUGAAGAAGUUUGCAACUUUCCUUGCGGGAAGGAAUGCUUCUGCCUCUCGAUUCCUUGACAUGUUAUUCAAGAGGGGGAAAGAGAAAGCUGCACCAGUUGAAGAGUUCCAAUGGCUUGGUCUAAUGCUGUUUGUGGCUGUGCCUUUCCCUGGAACAGGAGCUUGGACCGGCGCCAUCAUAGCUUCCAUCCUAGAUAUGCCAUUCUGGUCAGGUGUCUCUGCAAAUUUCUUUGGUGUUGUAUUGGCAGGUCUUCUGGUGAACUUGUUGGUGAAUCUUGGUCUUAAGGAGGCCAUUGUCACUGGAGUGUUUCUUUUCAUUGUAUCGACAUUCAUGUGGAGCAUUCUCCGACUGAUUAGUAAAGCUUUCAGAAAAUGAAUCAAAUUGAAAGGGCGAAUUAAUGUUACAUCGCACGACAAUGAAAAAGGCCAUGUUUGAUCGUAGUCUCAUUUGUCUUGACAUAGACUUGUUACUUGAGUUAGCACUCUGAUCAAUGAUAACUUACUAUUUUCUUGGAUGCACAGUUUUUUUCUCUUGUAUCAUAUGACUGAAUGAUAGAGCCGUCAAAUUUAAAUAUAAAGUUGAGAUUGUUCUCAAACAACCUUCAUUUGUGAUACUGUAGGCUGUAGCUGAAACCUUCAUUUCUCUUAUAUCAUAUCACGGAUCUUGUUUCUUAAA